AAUUUAGGAACAUUGCGAACUUUCAGAGUUUUUCGAGCUCUUAAAACGGUAGCGGUGGUGCCAGGUAGUCUGAAACUUAUUGUUGGAGCCCUAAUGGAGGCUGUAAUAAGACUACGAGAUGUAAUAAUUUUAACACUUUUUAUGUUGUCAAUAUUUUCUUUGAUUGGAUUGCAAAUGUACCACGGAAAACUUCUUAAAAAGUGUGUGAAAGUUCCACACAAAUCUUGGAUUGAAUACGCUUCUCCUGAACAAAUUCAUUCUUUUGAAAUGGAUAAAAGGAACUGGCUCAAAACCGCAAGUGGUGAUUAUGAAGUGUGCGACUCCGAAGACGGCUCUGGAAAACCGUGCCCACAAGGUUACAAAUGUGAAGAGGUCGGGGAAAAUCCGAAUUACGGAUAUACAAAUUUUGAUAACUUUUAUUACGCGUUCCUCUGCUCAUUUAGGCUGAUGACUUUGGAUUCUUGGGAGAGCUUGUACCAAUUAGUCUUGAAAUCUAUGGGGGAGUAUCACAUGAUAUUCUUUAUUUUUGUCGUUUUUCUCGGAUCUUUUUAUUUAAUCAACUUGAUCCUCGCCAUCGUGGCAACUUCCUACGAUGAUUGCAGGAAGAGAGAAGAAAAAGAAUCUGAAGAGUUGUUGGCAGCUGCAUUGUAUUUUAUUAUUAUUGAGCAGGCAGAAGAAGAAAGGCAGAUAGCUCUUAUCGAAGAAGCUAUGCAAACAAGUCCGGCUCUUUCAAAUGUCGACAUCAUAUCACAAGUUGCAAAUAUUGAAAACAACAGAAGUAACAGUGGAAACAACGUAAUUGAAUCUGUAGGUGUCACAUUUAAAGAUAUAAGUGCACCGUGUUUACUUCCUAUGAAACAUAGUGGUAUCACAACAAAAUCAAUAUCCUGUCAAGCCGCUCAAAAAAUUCCGACUCCGGGUAAAAAUUUCCGACUCCGCCUCCGAUUCAAAGACCAUUCAGUAGUAGUUUUAAAUUUCGAAAACAAUUGGAUAAACCAAAAACUUCAACGAACGCAUCAAUCGCGGCUGACUGUAUAUAUCAAUUUAUUAUCUCAUUACUUAGACCGUUCCUUAAGGAUACUUCCAAUAUUUUUCUCAGCAUCUGCAUUUCUGUUCUCUCCAGCUUUCUUAACAUCUGAUAACAAUUUUCUAAGCAACUAUACAAGCAAUUUCAGUCUAUGGCUCUUCACGAAAAUCCUACAUAAAGAUUUUACACCCAAUAGUCAACGAAUCGUUAAGAAGCUGUCUAGAAGCAUACAGAACAUCACUAUCCAUAAAGUUCCAUUUCCGUCCAGUGAUUUAAAAAAUUUAACAAACAAUCUUAGUGUUGAAAAAUGGCAGCUUAAGUGGAUUAAAACAUUAGAUUUCUUAAAAUUAAGUAUGCCAUCAGUAAAUAACAAAAAGUUCAAUAAUGGUUAUUUAAAUCGUCAUCUUCAGUCUUUUAUCAAUAGAUUAAAUAUAGGACACUCAGCAAUUACACAUUUCUGGAUCCUCAACAAAACAAAGACACCUAAUUGUGAAGCUUGUAACAAAAAACUAUCUAUUCAGCAUAUAUUAACUGAAUUGUCUUUCAAAGAAUCAAAAAUGCCUUGUGCCUAUAAAAUAUUAAUUCAGUUUGAAAAAUUACUUUUUGGAUGGGAAUACCCUUUAUGGUGGCAGAAGAUCUCGAAAAUUAUAGAAGUGUUUGUCAUGGAUCCAUUUUUAGACUUAUUUAUCACAUUUUGCAUUAUUUUCAACACUAUUAUAUUGGCAAUUGAUCACGCUGAUAUACAAGAAGAUGUAUCGAACGUCCUUAGAAUAGCUAAUCUUGUAUUCACAGUUAUAUUCACAACAGAAGUUUGCUUAAAAAUAACGGCUCUUGGAUUUCUGAAAUAUUUGGCGAACCGAUGGAAUUCCUUUGAUUUGUUCAUUGUAGUGCUAAGUUUGGCCGAGUUGGGACUACAAAAAUUUAAACCAUUCUCAAUUUUGAGGUCUUUUCGAUUGUUGAGAAUAUUCAAGCUCGCAAAAUCCUGGCCGACAUUAAAUUUGUUGAUUUUAAUAAUUGGAAAAACAGUUGGAGCUCUUGGAAAUUUAUGUUUGGUUCUGGCAAUUAUUAUUUUUAUUUUUGCAGUUAUGGGCAUGCAGCUUUUCAAAGCUUUUUAUAAAAGUACAGAGCGAUGGAACUUUUGUGACUUUUUACAUUCCUUCAUGAUUGUAUUUCGUGUGCUCUGCGGAGAAUGGAUCGAAUCAAUGUGGAAUUGUAUGAUGUAUACUGGAUCCACAUUUUGUAUACCCUUUUUUCUGUUAACCAUGAUAAUAGGCAAUUUAGUGGUUCUAAAUCUUUUUUUGGCUUUAUUAUUAAGUUCUUUUGGAACAGAAAGCUUAAAGCAAAACUUAUCAAUUUAUGAAACUGCCAAAAAAACAAAAUUACAAGAAGCCGUUGACAGAAUUUUAAGAUUUGCCCUUUUUCUGAAAUACCGAACUGACACCGUUCGACUGCAGUUUUACAUCGAGAAUCGAUUAAACAACGUCAGUAGCGAGUUAGUUCAGUCGGUAAGAGUGCCCUGUCUCACGCUGCUAUCACGCGAUGGCAUGCGGAGGAAAGUUUUGUCUCCUAGUUUUGAUAUCAUGUCAUUGCGGUUUGUUGCAAUUUUUGGCUAUAUGAAAUUUUUUUUUUAUUUUUACAUAAAACCGAAAACUGACGUUAAUUGGCAAAACAGAAAACAUACAGUCUCUAAUAAGAAUCGAUCAACAUUAAUGCACACAUUUUAUACACAUGUUUUGUUUUAUCGUAUUCAAAAUAUUUCGCGCAAAUGCAAUAUCAAACUGAAAUCCGAUGAUUUGGGACAUGGAGGCAUGUUAAAAUACGUUGAAUAUGAUGAAAGUUCUCUUCUCUCUAUUUCACGUUCCUCAUCAUUCAACAGCGAUUUAGUUUUUAUGGAUAAUCCAAAAUUGGAAGAAGUAGCAGUAGUCAGAGUAAAUUUCCCUGAUGAUUGCUGUCCAAAAAAAUUUAUUUUUAAAAACGAUUUAUGGGCAAUUAUGAUGAGAAGCAAAUAUGGACGAAGGUGGUGGGCUUUCAGAUGUUAUUGCAAAAAAUUAGUAGAAAACAAAUUGUUUGAAUCGUUCAUAAUUGUCAUAAUUAUACUCAGCAGUUUAUCAUUGGCUUUUGAAGAUAAAAACAUAAUUUAUCAUCAUCAAAUGAAACUGGUCUUGGAACACUUGGAUAAAAUAUUUACUAUAGCAUUCUCUCUUGAAUUAGUACUAAAAAUGAUUGCACAUGGUCCAAUUCAUUAUUUCAAAGAUGCCUGGUGUUGGCUUGAUUUCAUCAUUGUUCUUAUAUCAUUCGUAGGAACGAUAGCGGAGAAGUAUGUUUUAAAUAAUAUGACAGCUUUCAGAGCUCUUAGAACUUUCAGAGCAUUGAGACCGUUAAAAGCGGUAUCAAGAUGGGAAGGAAUGAAAGUAGUUGUGAAUGCAUUGUUCCAAGCAAUACCAGCUAUUUUCAACGUGCUACUAGUUUGUUUAGUUUUUUGGCUUAUAUUUGGAAUAAUGGGAGUGACGCUUUUUGCUGGCAAGUUUGAUUAUUGUAGAGAUAAUAACGAAACCAGAAUUAUAAACAACUCAAACAUAACAAAUAAAAACGAUUGCUUAACAUAUGGAUAUGAAUGGUACAAACCAAAAGUGAACUUCGAUAACGUUGCAGCGGCGUACCUGGCUUUAUUCCAAGUGGCAACGUUUAAAGGUUGGAUGGAAAUUUUAGCCAAUUCAGCAGAUAUCAAAGAAAAAGACGACCAACCUGAAUAUGAAAGUCAACCUUAUACAUGUCUUUAUUUCGUUGUGUUCAUAAUUUUUGGAUCAUUUUUCACAUUAAAUCUGUUUAUUGGAGUCAUCAUCGAUAACUUCAACGUUCAAAAAAGAAAAGCAGGUGGAUCUUUAGAUAUGUUCUUGACAGAAGAUCAAAAAAGGUAUUACAAUGCCAUGAAAAAACUUGGUUCAAAAAAACCUAGAAAACCGAUUCCUAAACCAAAAAUGAAAUGUCAACUUUAUUUUUUUAAACUUGUUUCAAAUGACAAAUUUGACAUGGCUAUCAUGUUUGUUAUUGUAUUCAACAUGCUUUGUAUGGCGAUUGAACACCACAACCAGCCAAAAGAGCUUGAAGAUUUGUUGGAUUAUUUCAACCAGUUAUUUGUGGCCAUUUUCACCUUGGAGUUUCUGCUCAAAUUAAUAGCAUUCAGAAUUUAUUAUUUCAAACAUCCGUGGAACGUGUUCGACUUUUCUGUUGUUAUCGUAUCCAUAUUAGGUUUAGCAGUGCUAAAGUUUGUGAAAAAGCAUCUGGUUUCACCAACAUUAAUUCGAGUGAUAAGAGUUUUUAGGGUUGGAAGAAUAUUACGACUCGUGAAAUCUGCUAAAGGAAUUAGAACUCUUCUGUUUUCGUUAGCUGUUUCAUUGCCAGCUUUGUUUAAUAUAGGACUCCUCCUAUUUCUCAUUAUGUUUAUCUAUGCAGUGUUUGGCAUGUCGUUUUUCAUGAACGUUGAACACAAAUACGGCAUCGACGAUAUUUUCAAUUUUGAAACUGUUUAUCAUGGGCUGUUAAUUCUCUUUCAAAUUGCUACUUCAGCGGGUUGGAAUGGCGUUUUAGAAGCUCUUAUGAACGAAUCUACUAACUGCACUGGAGAUGCAAAUGCAAAUAGUUAUGACGGUAGCAAGUUAGCUAUUCCUUAUUUGGUGACAUACCUCAUAAUCAGCUUCCUUGUCAUUAUCAACAUGUACAUUGCUGUUAUCCUCGAGAAUUUUUCUCAGGCAACAGAAGACGUUCAACGCGGUUUAACCCAGGAUGAUAUUGAUAUGUACUAUGAAACGUGGGAAAAAUUCGAUGAACACGCUACGGGCUACAUUAAAUUUGAUAAACUGUCAGAAUUUUUAGAUGCUUUGGAAGAACCGCUUGGGAUACCUGUUCCCAAUUAUUUUGUUAUAAUUCAUUUAGAUAUUCCAAUUUGUGACAACGAUCUUGUUCAUUGCGUUGAUAUUUUGGAUGCUCUAACAAAAUACUAUUUAGGAACUUCAAAAGAUGCAGCUCGAGAAUUGGGUGACGUUAAAAAAGGUUCUGGCAAAAAAAAUUAUUCAACUUCUACGACUACUCUACAACGACAAAGAGAAAUAUUUUGCGCCAAAGUUAUUCAAGUUGUUUGGCGAAAGCAUGUUGAACAAAGAAGAAUGCAAAGAAAACAGACAGAAAAUUUGAAAAGAUCUUCAGAUGGAAUGAUUGAUAAACAAAUAAAUACAGCAAACAAUCAAAGCAAUUCCAUUGAAUGCGCUGAUUUUUAUCUUGACAGUGGUAAUAAUAAAACAAGCGAAAAAGCAGAAGCGAUGCUAUUGAUGAAUCCUAAUUAUUUAAACAUUUAG